AUGGAUUUGAUCUCACCACAACAAUCGACAAGCCCGCUGGCUCCAGUAUGGACAGCACGUUCAGAAUCGUCUCAGAUUCCAAUAAAUAAAUAUCGAUCGCACAUUAACCGCAAAUACGACCUGAAUCUCGCCAACUCACAGGAACUACACAAAUGGAGUGUAACGCAACCGCAGGACUUCUGGAUCGAUCUGUGGUCCUACAUCCGGUUAAUCCCAGAGCUACCCGCUGGCAUCAGACGAGCAUAUGACUCGGCUAUCCCCAUGGUAGAUAUCCCGAAUUGGUUCGAGGGAGUCUCAAUCAACUAUGCGGAAAACGUUCUCACCCAGACGGCUUUGGACGAAGAUGCCGCGGCGCUCGUCGGACUGAGAGAAGGUCAGGGACUGGAAGGCGAGAUCUGGUCCUGGGCCAGUUUGAGAGAAAACGUCAGAAAGGUCAGGAGCGCUCUCCUGCAUAGUGGCGUGAGGAAAGGUGACCGCGUGGCUGCUCUCAUAUCAACUUCGGUGUGGUCCGUCGCCCUGUUUCUCGGCGCCGCAAGUAUCGGUGCAAUAUUUACAUCGAUUGCUCCAGAUCUAGGCGAGGAGGGCUGCAUUUCUCGUCUUCGACAAGUGACCCCAUCGAUCUUGUUCGCCGAUAGUCACCGCACUUAUAAAGGCCGAAAGCAUUCUAAUGUAGGGAAGGUGGCCAGUAUUGUCAAGCAAUUGUCGAAACAAGUCGAGGUGUUCUUGAUCCCUCUCACUGAGGACAACGCCAGUGACUUUUCAUUUCUCCCGAGUUUUCUUUCUCGCUCCGGGGCGUCAGAUCAGCUAGAAUACGAACGUGUCUCGUUCAACGACCCGUUGUAUAUCCUAUACUCCAGCGGGACCACCGGACCACCGAAAUGCUUGGUGCAUCGACACGGUGCCAUCAUUCAGCAUAAGAAGAUUGGAAUCCUGCACAACUCACUCACACCGGGUGAGGUGGUGUUCCAAUAUUCGAGCACCUCGUGGGUGUUGUGGAACAUCAUGAUCGGCCAUCUUUCAGUAGGUGCCACGCUGAUUCUGUACGAUGGCUCACCGACCUGGCCGUCUGCCGACGCGAUGCUUGACGUUGUGGAGAAACACAGAGUCAAUUAUUGGGGAUGUUCUCCUCGCUAUCUGCAGGCAUUGGAGGCCACCAAGGUUAACAUUCAACGUCGGAAUGAUCUUUCGUCGCUCCGUAUGGUGCAAUCUGGAGGCUCUCAUCUUGCAGCCGACCAGUACCACUGGUUCUAUCGAAACUUCCCUUCGCGAGUCCAUCUGACCAGCGUGACUGGUGGGACGGAUCUAGUCACGUCCUGGAUAGGCACUGAUCCAGCAGGUCCGCUUUACGCGGGAGAGCUCCAGCUUCCAAUUCUUGGACAUGAUGUCGACAUUGCUGAUCCUCUCACUGGGGAAUCUAUCAAGGAAUCAGGGGACUCAGGGGAAUUUGUCUGCAGGCAGCCGUUUCCUUCCAUGCCGAUUUAUAUGUGGGGCGAUGCUCGCAACGAGAAAUAUCGGGCAUCUUAUUUCGAGCGCCUCGGGUAUACGUGUUGGGCGCAACAUGACUGGGCGAGCUACAAUCCGCAAACCAAGGGCUGGACUGUGCAUGGCCGAAGCGAUGGUGUCCUCAAUCCUCAGGGGAUACGGUUUGGAUCGGCCGAAAUAUAUUCCAUCACGGAAGCACAGCCUUUUGCUAGUAUGAUUUCGACCACUCUUUGUGUUGGCCGACGGCGAAAGGGCAUUGACUCCGAUGAGUCCGUCUUCUUAUUCGUGGUGAUGUGUCCUGGUGAAACAUUCAGUCACAGCCUUGGUUCUAAACUCAAACAAGCCAUAAGGGCAGGGCUCAGCUCAAGGCACGUUCCCAGAUUCAUUCUUCCAAUCGACGAGAUCCCCAUGACGGUCAACGGGAAGAAGGUCGAAACGCUCGUCAAGGAGGUCAUCUGUACCGGGAAAUCGCCGAAAGUGGUUAGCAGCACAGUCUCCAACCCAAGAUGUCUGGAGGAUUUCAAGCGCUUUUUCUUGCUGGAAGAACGGAUGAGCAAACUCUGA